AUGCAUUGCAUUGGGCAUUUCAAAAUCACAUGUAACUAUCCAACUGUCCCAAAGUCUAAGCAUCCUAUUUCAAAUAACACAUCUAGACAAUCCCUACACCACUUCAGUCCAUGGUUAAGUCAAAGCCAAAGUCCUGGAGUCCUCCAAAGGCAUCAUCUUUGGUUCAAUGAGUGGACAAAAGAACAUCUAGGGGAGAUAAAGAAAAUCACCUACCAAGCAGGGAUCUACCAGAGGACUUCAUGGGAGGGUGACUACCAAUACUAUGACCUUGGCAAUUGCAACUUGGAGCCUUUCUGUCCCAAGGAUGGAGUCUACAAAUGUUACAGCUGCAUAGACAGUUCACAGCCACAUGUCAUUCCAUCGGAUCAGUCAAUAGACCAGAGGAUUCUUCAAGGAUACUUCCUUAACCAAGAUUGGGCUGGAAAUAUACCUCAGUCAUUAUUGGACAACUUCCUGUUGGACAAUCUGGAAUGUGGGACAUCAGCCAUGAACUACUACAGUAAACUGAGGCAUGUCACCUCUGGCAUGUUCCCUUAUUUGGUUCCACAUUGCUCAGAAUUGCCAAAAGAACUGAUACUGGGAAUUAAUGAGGGUGGGCAGGCAGUGGCAACAACUCAAGCAGCUCAAGUGGCAUGGGCUCAGCCAUGA